AUGAGGUCUAGAUUAUUACUGCAAACGCGUAAUUCUUUGCGUUGUGCUGUGAAAUGCAGAUAUGGAGCUUCGUAUUCGGCUUUGAGAUGGUCUUCAACGGAGACGAGACAAUGGUCUACACCCCUUGCAAAACAGCUUUCUGAAGCUAUCACAGCUACAGGACCAAUUCCUUUGGCUUCAUUUAUGCGGAUGUGCUUAACGUCCGAUGUGGGUGGAUAUUAUACCUCAAAACAAGAAGGAAGAGAUCAGUUCGGACAAAAGGGCGAUUUUAUUACCUCGCCAGAAAUAUCACAGAUAUUUGGGGAAUUGGUUGGUAUUUGGUUUGUGGCAGAAUGGAUGGCUCAAGGGAAAAAGAGAAAGGGUGUUGAAUUGGUGGAGAUAGGUCCGGGGAGGGGCACUUUAAUGGAUGAUAUGCUGAGGACAAUCAGAAACUUCAAGCCAAUGGCUGAGAGUAUAGAAGCUGUCUAUAUGGUAGAAGCAAGUCCUGCUUUGAGAGACGCGCAGAAACAGCUUUUGUGUGGGGAUGCCCCUAUGAUAGAGACCGAAACAGGAUUUAAGAGUACCAGCAAGUAUGCUGGCAUUCCUAUAAUGUGGACUGAGAAUAUGAGGUUUGUACCUUCUGGCGCGGACAAAACUCCGUUCAUCGUUGCCCACGAAUUCUUCGAUGCUCUCCCAAUCCACGCUUUCCAGUCCGUACCUCCGAACCCCAAUGCUCCAGAGCCUACCACAAUUCAAACGCCCACUGGUACUCAUCCACUUGCCCCCUCCACCUCCAAAUCAUCUACAGCCAAAACACCUCAGUGGCGCGAAAUGGUAGUCUCGCCCACCCCGCCAAAUAGCACGCACAACGAUGUCCACACGCCAAAAUCCCUUCAAUCUCAAUCUUCCCCUCCUGAAUUUCAACUUACGCUUUCCAAAGCCUCGACCCCGCAUUCCCUUUAUCUUCCCGAAAUCUCCACUCGCUAUCGAGCCUUAAAAUCCAUACCCGAUUCACUAAUCGAGAUAUCUCCUGAAAGUCACGCUAUUGUCGCUGAUUUCGCAAGUCGGAUUGGUGGUUCAGAAGCAAACCCUAAACCUAAUCCUUCGGGUGCCGCUCUAAUUUUGGAUUAUGGACCGAGUGAUACCAUUCCAACCAAUUCUCUUCGAGGAAUAAAAGCACAUCAACGAGUUUCUCCUCUUAGCGAACCGGGAAUCGUAGAUCUAAGCGCGGAUGUAGAUUUUAUAGCUUUAGCCGAGGCAGCUAUGAAUGCGAGUGAGGGGGUAGAAGUUCAUGGACCUAUGGAACAAGGAGGGUGGUUAGAGAGUAUGGGAAUUAAGGAACGGGCAGAGAUGUUGGUUAAGAGUUUGGGACAGAAAGACGAUGAGGUUAAGAAGAGGGUUGAGGGUGCUUGGAAGCGAUUGGUUGAUAGAGGAGGAAGUGGUAUGGGAAAGGUCUAUAAGGUUAUGGCUGUGGUUCCAGAGAAUGGAGGGAGGAGGAGACCAGUUGGAUUCGGAGGUGGGGUGAUGGAUUAG